ACAUCCCAUUCACGACACUUUAUGCGCCCUACAAUCUCAAAAUGGCUCAGGUUUUGGUGAUAAUGUAUGGUCUUGUUUUCAAUAGACGGACCGAUCGUUUUUAGAUUGAUUUUGCCUUCAAUUCAUGGUCAAGCUCAAGUCAACCGGUGGACGACGUCUGCAGCUUGUGUUGCAUCAAUCAAGUGAACUAACCACCUACCUUUCAUUAGCCCCUACCUAGGUACCUACCACCUCCAUCACUGACUGACAUAGGAAAUAAUAGGCUAGUAGUGCUAGCUAGACCAAAGCCGAUAUCCAGCCAUAUCCAGUCAAAUCGCCGCUGAGCGACGCUUGAUUCGUCCGAAUCCCGUAUGGUCGAAGCCACUAUGUGCUAAGGGUAUUUUCAGUGUUCACUCCCCCGCCCAAUUGACUAUCAUGAACCCCAUCGGGCGGUAUGUCAUGCUGGCCUUCUUGGGAAGUUAUGGCGGAGUUGGAGUGCAGAGCGACUCCGAGACUGACGUGGACACGCCCACCCAAUGCGCCAGUUGGGGAUUCGACCCGAGCGAACUACUCUGUUCCACGUGUGAUGACAUGUCACGCUUUCAAUUGGGCUCCCACCUGAUCCAGGAAUGCCAACAGUGCUGCCACAGCGACGGACGCAAGCUCGAGUCCGUCAAGUACCCCAAGGCCAUUCUUGAGGUUUGUGGAUGACGACUGGGGGCGUAUCCGCAAGUGCAAGCAUUCAUCAAGAGUGAGCGCACGAGCAGAUACCCUGGUCUGACCAUCAAGUAUGUCCGUGGAGCGGAUCCUACCAUCAAGCUCUUGGAUGAAGAAGAGGAUGUAGUUGAGACUUUGGCCAUUGAUAAAUGGAACACGGAUUCCGUGGAAGAAUUCCUUGACCUCUACCUAGACACCGCUGCCCUCACCUUGGAAGAUGAUAAGGCCACGCCUUAGAGGCGUUGCAUUUUACCGUCACACUUUCAACAAAACUUGACAAUUAACUUGCAUGGAUGACUCACUCGCUCCAGGAUGCCCCUUUGAUGAUGACGAAUAAUGAAACACCCUCUCAGGUGCCUUGUUCGUUUGAUGAUACAUUGAAUGAGAGGGUUUGAAGUCAAGUUAAUAAAAAAAAUAAUUCCUUCGUCGAA